AGAGUCAUAAAGACAAGCUCGCCACAUCUCUGUUAGACCUUGUAGUAUGCUUACCUAGAUCUGAGAGGGACUUUCAGUAGAGACCAUGAUUCCAUGUGGACGACGCAUAAACAAAAAUGAGAAACACGAAGAGAAACUGGUAAUGUUCACCAAUCAUCCGGAGGAUUCUGAAAGAUGUGAAAGCAUGGAAUUGGACAAUAAAAUCCGAGAUCUGAUCGAGAGGAAUGCUUCUCCCGAUCUUAAAGGGAUGACCCUGGGAGCUACACCAAGUCACAGAAAUUCAUGUUCCCUAAAGACCCCAGGAAAAACAGCUUCCACGGCACAUCUUGCACAGGGAACAACUAGAAUGAGUGCUGCAGAAGGUUCUAUGGAGCAUGCAGAGUAUGAUCAAUCAUCAAGCAGAAAGAACUUGACAAAUUCUCUUGAACAAAAGAUAAGGUGUUUGGAAAAACAGAGAAAAGAGCUCCUGGAAGUCAACCAGCAAUGGGAUCAGCAAUUUAGAAGUAUGAAAGAGCUAUAUGAAAGAAAGGUCGCGGAGCUGAAAACGAAACUAGACGCCGCAGAAAGAUUUCUCAGCGUGCAGGAGGAGGAGCGGCAACAGAGUCAGAGAGAGAGCGACAGGCUACGCGAGCUGAACCGCGAGCGGCUGCAGCGCCAGGAGAAGGAAAAGGAGAGCCUACAUGAAGAAUUACACGAAUUGAAGAAAGAAAAUAAGUUCUUGAAGGAAAAAAAUGCUCUUGUGAACAAGAAGAAGGAACAUUAUGAGUGCGAAAUAAAACGCCUCAAUAAGGCUCUUCAAGAUGCCUUGAAAAUCGAGUGUUCUUCAUUUUCGGAGGACUGUUUGGGAAAGUCUGAAAUGGAGUGCAGGCAUGAGGAGAUGCGAACAGAAAUGGAAGUUCUCAAACAGCAGGUGCAAAUAUAUGAAGAAGAUUUCAAAAAGGAGCGAUCAGACCGAGAAAGACUUAAUCAAGAGAAAGAGGAGCUGCAGCAAAUUAAUCGAACUUCUCAAUCCCAGUUGAACAGGCUGAAUUCUCAGAUAAAGGCUUGUCAGAUGGAGAAAGAAAAACUCGAAAAGCAAUUAAAACAGAUGUUGUUCCCGAUGUGUAACUGCGGCUUGAAUUCCCACGGGCAGGAUCCAUACGCACCAGCAGGCCCUGGAGCUGCACGGGAUCAACAGAAGCCCCCACCAGACUAUCAGUGGUAUGCUCCUGACCAGUUUCCGCCAGAUGUGCAGCAUAAGGCAAAUGGUUUCUCUUCAGAAAAGAAAGUCAAUCAGUAGAAGCACACACAAGUAGAGGAACAUUCGGGCCAGAGGGAGAGCUUGGCUGAGGACCCUCAUUUUUCUUUUUACUGGUGGCUUAUGUCGACACAACUGCACAUCAUCUACUCCAUGAUUCGUGCAUGGUGGUGUUUCCCUUUGGCACAGAGAGAGGAAAAGACUUGGGACAGCUAAGAUCCUGAUCAAGUCGGAGAAGCCAGCAUUACACAACCAAAUGCAAUGUCCAGUUUCCUCAAAAUGAGAUUUGGCAGAUGGAUUAUGCGCCAUUCUUUGAAACUCUCUUCAGCAUAUUGCUGUUGGACUUACAGAGGCUGAUCUCAUGAUUUCAGCAACUCCACUUUUGGUACAGUGAUGUUCUAUGUUGAUUGAAAUAUAUAUUCCCUGGGGGAAGAGUUACUGCAGUUAUAAAUUUGUAACAUUGCUCCCAUGAUUUCUGUCGGGGCUUGGUUCUUUAGUCAGUGUGACUAGGUACUGUCCUCAUCAUUGUUGGUCUUCGUGAACCUAUGAUUAGGACUGAAGACAUGUAUAGACCUCCUUAAACUAAAUGAAUGGUUCAAUUUGAAUAAAAUGGUAACCUUGAAACUAUGCUUUGAGCAGAUCAUUCCUAUAAGGCAGAUAGAGAAAUUGUGAGCAUCCUUCAUUCUUCGGUGGGAUAGGUUAUGAAAGACAAAACUCCACUGUGAUGUUGAUGGCUUUGCUGUGUUCAUAUGUACUACAGUAGUAGUUUGGAGACACAUGGAUUUAGGGUGGAAUCUGUUUUUAUUUCCCAUGGAUUUGAGUAAUUAUUGAUGAACAACACGUCUGACUCCUCAAACCUAUAAAAUUGGAAAAUGAAUGUAUCCAGAUUCUAUUGUAAUUAAAUUUUACCAUGGCAUGACAGAUGUCUGAAGACUAAGCAGAUUUAAAAGUAUUACGUUCAUCCAUUUAAUAAAGUUUCUGCUAGGACCAACUGGAGGUCCUCUUUGUGAGGAGAUGUAGAACAGAAGUGUGAGACCCACAGAUAUAUGUAAUCCUAGAAGCACCUAAAGAAAACUAGGAGCAACUGCUGAAGCCGCAGUCAAAUGAAACCAUCCGACAUACUGCUGAAACUCUCUGGCUCCAGCUUCCAGAAGUUAAACUACUUAAUUCCAGCUCAGACUCUUCUUUUUUUUUCAACUCCUGAAUAUACUCGCAGCUUUGUGUAAUGGGAAGGUGAACCAGCCUUAGAAAGUUAAAUACUUUCAGCCGGGGUCUGGCUACUAGGAAGAUAAUUCCUGAGAAAGAAUUAUCCUUCUCUUACAUUAAUUCUCCUAAGCUUUGUUUUUGCUGCUACUUAUUAAAGAGACAAAUCAUCCUUGAGCAAUUCUUCAGCAUAAGUGAAUCAGAAAAACAAUGGGGUUUACAAGUCAGUUUCAUCAAAGCUUUUUUUUUUUAAUUUCCAUUUCCUCAGAUUUGUGGAAUAGUCAUUUCAAUAGUACUUUUAGUGGUGGAUUAAGUUUGCCAACUGAGAUGUGCCUAUAGGAAUAAAAACUGAACACACACGCAAAACGUACCCUUUGAUAGCCUCAUUCUACGUUAAUCCAACAGCAAUAAAACAUGAUUUAACCAUCCUAUUACUAUUACUGAAGUCAUCCUAUUAUUAAUUAGCAAGUUGGCAAACAUUGGCAAGAUUAUGCAAAUGCUAAUGUAAUGGGAAAAACUCCAAUUUAAGUGAGACCUAAUUUAAUUUGAAUUCCCAGUGGGUGACUGCAAAUGUGGGAAGAGGACCCCUUGCCCAGAGUGCAACAAAAGAGAAUUUCUACAAGAAGACGGAUUUCUACAGCCCCGGCCCAAGAGCCAGUCAGUCUCUCCUGUGUCCCUCUUUCCAAAUCAUUUGUUUGGAGACUCCUGUCUCAGCCCAUGCUUCAUCCUCAGCUGUGGCCCUUGCUUCAUUAUCACACACAAUUUCUGGAAAUUAGGUGAGGAAUAGCUGUGUCCUUUUGUAGGAGAGGAAGUCAUACCACACAGUCUCUUUUAUCGAGGAAAAGGAAAACAAGGGCACAUUUUAAGUUUUUGACGAUCAUGGAGAAUUUAACCUUGAAGGUAUCACAUGAAUAAAUAGGUGUAUUCACCUUGUCUUGGUUGUGACAUGAAAUAAAAAAAAAAAAAAAAAAAUACUUCCUUCGGGCCUUUGGAUCUGGUUAAGUCUGGGAGUUAGGCCAGCCUCUGUUGCUACUAGCAUAGUUUUUUUAACUCCAUUUUUCUGACAGAAAGGAUAUUUUGGACUAAAUUGCUAAUAUGAAGCAUGAACAUACUUCCAGGUGAUUUUCUUUGUUUUAUUUACUGAGCUCUAUCCCUUAAUGUUCAAGUGCAUUACAUGGUGGAAGUAUGGGUCUGAAUGGUCAUUUUCAUGUAUUCAUACUUUUAAUGUAGCUCAGUCAUAAGUGAAAUCAUAUCUAAAAAGACAUAUGACCUCCCAACUCAAUAAUUCAAUUUUACAAAAAUUUUCUUAAAUUAAAAAUAAAAAAACAU